AGACGGGCGGGAGCCGGGGCCCCCGCUCGCCGCCCAUUGUCUGCGCCCUGACCGGUGCGCCCUGGUGCCACAGUGCGACCCCGCGGGGCAGCCUCCCUCUCGUCACUGGAGCCAGCGCCGCAACUAUAAGAGGCGGUGCCGCCCGCCCGUGGCCCGUCUCAGCCCACCAGCCGGGACCGCGAGCCAUGCUGCCGGCCGCCCGCCUCCAGGGUCCUUAAAGCCAGACUGCGCCAACUUUGGCCACUGCCGCGUCCCGCCCCGCCGUCGCGGGCAGCCGCCUAAGCCGCCGCAACUGCAAGCAACAGCGUGGGCAAAACCAGGCAGGCCAUGGGGCGCUGGGCGCUGCUGCCCGGCUGCGUUUCUGCUGCGCUGCUCCUGGCGCUGGCCGCUUUACCCGCAGCUCUGACCGCCAACAGCAGUGGCCGAUGGUGGGGCAUCGUGAACGUGGCUUCCUCAACGAACCUGCUGACCGACUCCAAGAGUCUGCAGCUGGUGCUCGAACCCAGUUUGCAGCUGCUGAGCCGCAAACAGCGGCGACUGAUCCGCCAGAACCCGGGCAUCCUGCACAGCGUGAGCGGGGGACUGCAGAGUGCCGUCCGAGAGUGCAAGUGGCAGUUCCGGAACCGCCGCUGGAACUGCCCCACUGCCCCGGGGCCCCACCUCUUCGGCAAGAUCGUCAACCGAGGUUGUCGGGAAACGGCCUUUAUCUUUGCUAUCACCUCGGCCGGGGUCACCCACUCUGUGGCGCGCUCCUGCUCCGAGGGCUCCAUUGAGUCCUGCACCUGUGACUACCGGCGGCGCGGCCCCGGGGGGCCCGACUGGCACUGGGGCGGCUGCAGUGACAACAUCGACUUCGGCCGUCUCUUCGGCCGGGAGUUCGUGGACUCCGGAGAGAAGGGGCGGGACCUGCGCUUCCUCGUGAAUCUACACAACAACGAGGCGGGCCGCACAACGGUGUUCUCCGAGAUGCGCCAGGAGUGCAAGUGUCACGGGAUGUCCGGCUCGUGCACGGUGCGCACGUGCUGGAUGAGGCUGCCCACGCUGCGCGCCGUGGGCGACGUGCUGCGCGACCGCUUCGACGGUGCCUCGCGGGUGCUCUACAGCAAUCGCGGCAGCAACCGCGCCUCGCGGGCGGAGCUGCUGCGCCUCGAGCCCGAGGACCCCGCGCACAAGCCGCCCUCGCCGCACGACCUGGUCUACUUUGAGAAGUCGCCCAACUUCUGCACGUACAGCGGACGCCUGGGCACCGCGGGCACCGCAGGGCGCGCGUGCAACAGCUCGUCGCCCGCUCUGGACGGCUGCGAACUGCUCUGCUGUGGCCGGGGCCACCGCACGCGCACGCAGAGCGUCACUGAGCGUUGCAACUGCACCUUCCACUGGUGCUGCCACGUCAGCUGCCGCAACUGCACGCACACGCGCGUGCUGCACGAGUGUCUGUGAGGCGCCGCGCGCGCCCCCCGGGCACGCUCCCCUCCCGCGCCCCAAGGCUGACUCGCUGGGAGGCGCCCCACCUGCUACCUCCCGCCAUUCACGCCACACCUCUCUCACCUCCUCCUUCCUGGGGGCUCCUUCAACCACUUGCCUGGGGCGGCGCGCAUCCUCUCCUCUGGCCUUCCCGAGGGACCCGCCCCGGACCUACCUCCUCCCUCCCUGUCCGCGGGAUACUCC